CUUCCGGCACGGGGGCGGGCCGAGCUCCGGAACCGGAAGUUCUCCCGAAGGGGGAGUCGCUAGGCACUGAGCUGUUGGCCUGUUUGGCUUCGCCGCCGCCGCUGCCAUGGGGAAACGACAGCACCAGAAGGACAAGAUGUACAUUACCUGUGCUGAAUACACUCACUUCUAUGGUGGCAAGAAGCCAGAUAUCCCACAGACACAUUUUCGCCGUUUGCCUUUUGACCACUGCAGUCUCUCUCUGCAACCCUUUGUCUACCCGGUCUGCACUCCAGAGGGCGUUGUCUUUGACUUGCUGAACAUUGUUCCAUGGCUUAAGAAGUAUGGGACCAAUCCCAGCAAUGGAGAGAAACUUGACGGGAAGUCCCUGAUCAAGCUGAACUUUGCAAAGAACAGUGAAGGAAAAUACCACUGCCCAGUGCUAUUCUCCGUGUUCACUGACAACACCCACAUUGUAGCCAUCAGGACAACUGGCAAUGUCUAUACCUAUGAGGCUGUGGAGCAAUUAAACAUCAAAGCCAAGUACUUGAGGGACCUGCUGACUGAUGAGCCCUUUUCUAGGCAAGACAUUAUCACCCUGCAGGACCCCACCAAUUUGGACAAGUUCAAUGUCUCCAACUUCUUCCAUGUGAAGAAUAACAUGAAAAUGACAGACCCAGAUGAAGAAAAGGCCAGACAGGAUCCAUCUUAUUAUUUGAAAAAUACAAAUGCUGAGACCCGAGAGACAUUAGAGGAGCUGUACAAGGAGUUCAAAGGAGAUGAGAUCCUAGCAGCCACCAUGAAGGCCCCUGAGAAGAGGAAGGUGGACCAGCUGAAUGCUGCCCACUAUUCCACGGGAAAGGUCAGUGCAUCCUUCACCUCCACUGCUAUGGUGCCUGAGACCACGCAUGAAGCAGCUACCAUUGAUGAAGAUGUAUUGCGCUACCAGUUUGUAAAGAAGAAGGGCUACGUGAGACUGCACACCAAUAAGGGUGACCUCAACCUGGAACUGCACUGUGACUUGACACCAAAAACCUGUGAAAACUUCAUCAAGCUCUGCAAGAAGCACUAUUAUGAUGGCACCAUCUUUCACAGAUCCAUUAGGAAUUUUGUGAUCCAGGGGGGUGACCCCACAGGCACUGGCACAGGUGGAGAGUCGUACUGGGGCAAGCCUUUCAAAGAUGAGUUCCGGCCCAACCUCUCACACACAGGCCGUGGUGUGCUCAGCAUGGCCAAUUCAGGGCCCAACACCAACAAGUCUCAGUUCUUUAUCACGUUCCGUUCCUGUGCUUACCUAGACAAGAAGCACACCAUCUUUGGACGGGUUGUUGGGGGUUUUGAGACACUGACCGCUAUGGAGAAUGUGGAGAGUGAUCCCAAAACUGACCGUCCUAAGGAAGAAGUGUGCAUAUGUACCACAACGGUGUUUGUGGACCCCUAUGAAGAGGCCGAUGCCCAGAUUGCCCAGGAGCGGAAGAAGACACAGCACCAAGCGGCCCCAGAGGCCAAGGUCAAGACAAGCCAGCCCCAGCCUGGAAGCCAGGGCCCCCAAACAUACCGCCAGGGGGAAACGAGCAGCAGAGGAAGAACCAUCAACCAGCACAGCUGUCCCUGUGACCAAGAAAAAGCCCAGCCGGGGAUUUGGAGACUUCAGUUCCUGGUAGCGCAGACUGACCCCCAUGGAUCCUGCAGGUGGUGUCAGAGAAGCAUCAGGACCCCAGAAGAAGCUGAGACCCUCAAAGCCCUUUGCUUCCAGUGGAUGCUGCAAGAAACCCCGGCUCAUCCCUCCACAAGGCCCCGCCUCCUAGACAGCGAGUACUGCAGAAAUGUGGCAUUUGACAUCAGAAGCUUUAUUUUUAUACCUCACACAGACACAGGACCAAGGGCUGACAGCUUUGGCCAAGGGACAGAGAGGCCGAAGGCAGUUCCAUGCUUGAACUUGGCAGUCCUGCUCCUCAUGGUGAACUUCAGCUGCUUCCAAGUCACUGGUCAGCUUUACCAGCAGCCUACACCUGUCCCCACGGGCAGCCACAUGCUCAUCUACUCUUGUCCUCCAGGAUAGAGGACAGGGCCCACCAAGGGCCUGUUACAAAUGAGGGCUUUGAUUUCUGCAGCUUGUGGAGAGCUUAAAUCGUAGCUUUUUAGAUAUUAAAACCACUUGGAUUUUGAAACUGCCUGACAAGGUCAUCAGGGAAAAUAAAGGAGUUUGGGGGAAAAAAAAUUCAUUUCUGAUCCUUCAAAUAUCUGAAUAAUACCAUCAAGAAUAAGCAUUAAGGUAUAAAAAUACUAUAUAUAUCCUAACAAAAAAAGCAACAAAACUAAACCACAUUUCUAAAGCAAAGUGCUGGAGCACACCACAGAUGGGUAUACGACCUGGCACCACCUCCCACUGUUCUCAAGGGAAAAGUUUUAAAUAAUUUAAAGUCAAGGAAUGCUACUGUUCAGGAAUUUAAGAGGGUGGAACAAUUUAGCACAUAACUAGUACAUCUGGUUCUGGCCUUUUUAUCACUUCCCCUGGAGCCAGCUCACGGUCAGUUCAUUUGGUUUAAAAAGUUUAUAUUUUACCAGAAGACCAACAAAAAAAUUCAUAAAAAUUUUGAUAUCCAUUACCAAAAAAUUAGAAAAUAAGUCAUAAAGAAGACUAGUAAAAAAUUUCCCAUCAAUGCUAUCACAAAAGACAAUACAAAGUGCUCAAGUUGAAGGGGCAGUAAGCUUGCCCAGAACAUAGAAAAGCUUUAAAUAUAAUCUUAGUAUAUACAAAAACUGGUCAGAAGGCUUCUAGAAGAUUCUUCUGUUUAAGAGGGGCAUCUAUGGAGACGUACCCAGUCUGCCCUUGCUCUCCCUCCCACCCCUGCCAGGCUAGUGACACCUGGUCCCCCAAGCAUUGGCCACCAAGUUCCCACUUGCAAGAGGACUGACAACUAGCAAGGAAGUAUCCACUUUCAGCUGACUGUUCAUAUAGCGUUCACUCCUUGGGCAAGGAAGGUGUCUGCCCUCCACAGUUCCAUGUACAGGGACUGAAAUCAGACUGCUGCUUCAUGUGCCAGCCAUGAGGGAAGCAUCUUCAGGUUUCAGACCACUGCAGCAGAAGCCCUACUGGGUGGAGUGACACCUUGCUCUGGGACGCCUUAGUUGUCAGGUAACUCAGCAACACAGGAUGACACAGGACAUGCUGGGCCAGCCUCAUUCUGCAGAGAGCUAGGGAACUAGCUGGACCAGAUGCAGAGGCUUAGACCAUGCAAACAUGUCCUCCUUUUCCCAAAGUGAUUUGCCACUGUUAAUCCUGCCAUGCCAACGUGUCUCAGUUAUGUGCCUACCCAGCCACUGGGCCCAGUGUCACAGUAUUUCCUAUAUUACCAGGCUUCCAAUCUUGGUCAAAGAGGUGGCACCAAAAUGUAGGCUCUGGAGUGAGCAGCGAACUGGAGCGUCCGAACCCAGUGCCUAUGCUGGCCACAGGGUCUGGGUUUAGGAGAGAUUUGGGACUGGGAGCUCAAAGGACUAGAAACUACUAUCCUCAUCCAGCUUGCUCUUGCUGCCCCUAGACCAUCCAUGGGCAGUUCUAGAGCAGCAGGGGCUGUGAGCUUUCUAGGCACACUUCUCUCCCAGCUCACUGGCUCUUGGCCUUCCCAGGCCCUCUUCCUGCCCCUCUGCCUUGUGUUAGGGUACAAAAGGUUGAAAACCCAAAACUUAUCUGGGAAUGUGUUCUGGCCUCCAUCCUCUGCAAACUGGCCACUCCCUGCAGAGGCCUUGGAGGAUGGCAGGCUAUGACUUAAAAUCUGCACUGGAGAUGCAGUGCUUGGGGGAUGGUCCAGGUUCUGUGUCAGGCUAUGAGAUGACUCCAGGCAGGGAGACUGAUCUCCCCAGCAAACCAGCUCUUUCCUUUAUAAUAGCCUGUCUCUCGACUUUUAACCUUUUGUUAAAAAAAAAAAAAAAA